AGGCAGAGGGAGAGGCGGGGUUGUUGCUCGCCUGCUCCUGCGUGAUGAAACGCUAGAUUCGUUCGCGUAGGCUAUAUCUGACUAUUAAAGUAUACCGUAUCGAGAUAGUAUAUUGUUUUUGUCACCGAAUAAGUAUGGGUCGGAGUGUUCGGUUGUUUUAUCCCUUUCUCGUCUCUUUCGUCUGCUUUCAGGCUCUCGCAGGCCCGGUGAAUCCGCCAACAAACGUGACCCUGCAGUGUAGAAAUCUGCAAAAUGUUCUGAAGUGGAGUUUUGAUCAACCACUGGCCCCAGGACUGAAAUUCAACAUAUCAAUAGGCUGUAUCCAAAAAUGUCCAACAAACCUUUUGGUGGACCCACCUGCUCUACAGGCUGACCUUUCAUUUCUCUCUCACCCAAAUGAUGACUACUUAGUCAGCGUUUCUGCUCUGAUUGGAGAAGAUGAGUCUGAAAAAGCUCCUCCUGAAGGAAUCGAGUUCAGCUAUUUCAUGGACUCUCCAGUCCCCCAGAAGUGUGUUGUGGAUCUUCCAUCAGUGGACGUCACUGCCCAAAAGAAUGACGUUGUCCUGCUUCGCUUCGUGCAUCCCUGGGUGUUUCACAAACAAAACCACAAGACAGGAAUCAGGAAGAAAAGAAGUCAUGAAAUUGAAGAGGACCUGCCUGAAUUCAAUUACGAUGUUGUGAUUGUGGACCAGAAAGAACAACCCCAUGGUUUCAGCUGUGUGGACAGUGUCUGUGAGGAGACACUUCCAGUGGAUGCUGCUCAGGAAAAACAUUGUCUGAAGAUUACAGGAGAGAUGAAAGGAAUGACUGUCAAAUCCACAAAGGACUACUGCACCCUGCCGAUACCAGCUGACAAUACCUAUUUGAUCUACGUCUUUGUGGUUGGUGCGGUACUGCUGAUGUCAUUGAUUCUUAUCCUCAUCAUGGUUUUCAUAAGAAAAACUAAACCCACAUCUUUCUUUCCAGGCUCUAUGAACAUCACAAAUCGACCGAGGAAUGUGACCAUGGGUGUUGUUCAAGAGCAGUUCUCAGAAGUGGAGCCUUCUUCACCAACACCUCUGCUCCCAACUCCAGACAUGACAGAGGUGACACCCAUGGUAGUCUCUGAACCUGAAUUCCGCCUACCCAUCGGUGUGCUGAGUAAGGAUAAAGUUGUGUGUAAAGAUGCAGAGGUACCCAAUGAGGAAGGAUCUGAAUACGCACAGGGCAGAAACUUGGAAGACGACGUGUUGGAGGACAACAUGUUAGAUUCCGAGGAGAUCCACUCUGCUUACGAGAGACGUCCAGUUGUGGUUGAUAUAGCUCCAGGUGAACAGGCUGAGGGCUACCGAGCGUGAAGGUGGACCUGGUAUCCUGUAGGGAAUUGUUGACUGUAAGGUCAGCCAGGAAUCCUCUUUUCAGUGUGUCUGACAUAAGUUACCGUUUUCAAAUAUGUCAAAGCAGCAGGAAAAGCAGCCUUUGUACAAUGAAUCCCUGAAAAAUGAUUAAUUACAGACUUUAAUGGCCUGAUAGUUUUAGAUUAAGGGGAUUAAGGUUAUUGCCAAAUCAUAACACUUAAAUACUGGCUUGUCCAUAAUUAUCCCAGUGAAAUUGCUUAGCUAUAAACUAUUUCUUUUACACGUGUGUCAAACCUUGCACCCGUGAGUUAAUUCGCUGUGUAUCUAAACAGUGCAGUGCCUGAAAGUGAGAAACUGCUUUGUCCAAAAUAGGUUUAAUUAUGUAUUAGUGACAUUACAGUGGGAGUUCAUGAUUCAUCCUUGUUUAUUUGAAUCUUCCUUACCUUGAUCCUAAUCUGAAGCUGUUCUUCCUCAGAUGUGGGAUUAAAUUGUGACAGAUACUAUUUGCAGAUAGACAUUAAUGCAAAGUCGCUGUACACAAACAUAAUAGAAACAUCUACAUUUAUUCCAAACAUAACAUCAGACUCAAACUUAAAGAAAACAGACAAAAUGGCUCUGAAUUAAUUUGAUAUAUAAAGGAUAAAUAGCAGCACAGAAGUCCAUGGAACCACAGCACCACCAAGAAUAAGUAUUAAAAACUUCAGUUUCUUUGUAGAUAAUACUCCUCAGGUGAGGAGACUGUUAGCAUUAAAUCCAUUACCUCAGUCUUCUCUGGCAUUGAUUCAAACAUAUAAUCAGCUUUUGCAGUAUGUAAUGUCUAGAUUGUCACAGGUUCUUAGCAUAUCUUUACCUUCACCAUGUACAGACUCACCUAUUCAGUGUUCUUAGAGAAAUACUUAACAGUCACAUAAUAAAGCUGCUUUGGUGCCUGUCAUUUCUAUAGCGAGAUACAAAAAUAUGAAUGAUUACUACAGUAACAUACUAGUUCUGCUUGUUUUGAAGGUCAAAAUACUGUAUACUGUAUGGAAUUAAUGUCUUCUUGCUGAUGUUCAGUCAUUCAAAUGCUUUAGUCUCAGAAGUCUUAGCUUCUUUAAAUGUGAUGUGACAUUGUUCUGAGUUAAUCUGUUAAUUUGCGAUGGUGGAAUGACAGAUGCAGAACUCUAGAGGACUUUAAGUACUUGUUAAAGGAGAACAAGGGACAAAUGAAAAAUAUGUUUAUUUAUAUUAAAGUAAACAAAAAAUUUAUGCAAAAUAGUAUUGAUACCUUCUUAAUAACAAGUAUUCAUUAUUAUUUUCAACAAUUUGGCAAACGAAUAAGAUAAAGCAAUUACCAGGGAUGCUUGCUGGAAAAUGUCUGUAUCAGCCUUUAGUGCAGUUUAAACUGCUAUUUUUAUUUUCUCAUGAAAUGAGAAUGCACUUAACAUGACAUGACCGAUUGACUGUUUCAAAUAUCCAUUGCAUGGAUAACGCUGAUGACAAAGACGGAGUCUUGAAAAUCCAUCUGCUUUUUAAGGUUUUAAUGCACUAGAAGAUAAAGUGAAAUAAUGUUACAUCUUUUAAAGACUUUGUAACGAGCUUAUCUCUGCACUUUAAACCCAUUUUUGUUGUUAUUACAGAACAUAUAUUGUUUUGUAAUGAACAUGUUUCUUGUUUUGAAAUAGAAUAUAGACCUUGUUUAUGUUCCCUAUCCGGCUGAUAUGAGCUGGCAGCUUGUGUUAUUACACUGACUGAAAAGGUGAUCUGUUUCUGAUUGUGCCACAUUCUCAUUUCACCAGUUAUUAACGUGAUGAUCGUUGGUUGGAGUGAAUGUUUGGGUUUGAACACAGACAGGCCUGUUGAACUAAAGCACCUAAUUCUUUAACAUGCUACCAAGCUAUGCACCUUUCCCUAUCUGUCUGUUUUUAGGAUGCUUUCAACCACAUGAUGUAUCCUACCUUUUCUGGUGCCAUUCUUGUGUUGUCAUGCUUUUACCACAACAUCUUUCCAAAUCUGUGUAUUUCUCCUUUUUUGUGUCUGGUUAUAAUAAAAUAUUUGUUUUAAAUGAAA